UUGGUUUCUGCUUUUCAAGAGAAAAAAAAAUACUUUUAAAAAUCCUUUUGGUGAAAAAUAUAUUUUCCUGCCCUUUUAAUAUUUCCUACUCUGGGAUAACUUCCCUCACUGUCAACUGCAAUCAGAAAACAUCAACAAUCUCUCCACUAUCUUUGUUCUUCCACCUUUCCCUUCUGCCUCUUCCUUCUCCUCAGCUGAGCCCCUCCUGUCAAACUCUUGUUUGUUCCUAAGAGUCUCUUUGGGAAACUUUUUCUCUUUCCUUCCUCUCUUCCUUUUCUUUUUCCUCUCUUUCCUGUCCCUUCCCUUCUUUACCUAUUCACCCCUUCCCUUCCCACAUUCCCGCUCUUCCAUCUAGAAGUGACAGCCAUCUGCCUGGCCUCCAUCUGAACAGGAGGACCAGCUGGACUUCAAAUGCUCCCUGGUCAAACCCAACUUCAAGGCCCUCUUUGGUUCUCCAUGCAUGAGGAAGACUUUGUCAUUGUUCUUUCUCUUCUGCAGGCACUGAGAUUCCAGUUAAAGGCCAACCAGCCAGGUGCAGGGCCAACGUACUGUUGCAGAAACAGGGCACAACGUUGAGUUGAGUUGAAGAAUGAUUUGUAAAGAACGAAUCCCGUGGUUUACCAGGACCAUAAGAAUUCUGUUGUCUAUGCCUUGUAUUAUAUUUAACAUAAUUUGAUUCCUAUUCCUCUCCUGGGAAUUGUUUUUUUCCUUGAUGUUUGCCCUUUGCAACUUGGCUUGAUGUCCACCACCCUUUGCGGGUUUUAUUUUUUUUACUAGCCCCUUCUCUAGACAUUUAAAGGAGAAGUGUUAAAUGUAGAUCAUCCGAGGGGGUCUGUUUAGCUUUAGGUUGUUGCUCCACAGCUUUCACAACAUCUGGCUGACAGAGACAGUUCCACAGAAAAGUCAGCCUAGGUCAAAUGUCACAAAGGCAAUCAUGUGUUCAUUUCUUCAGAAAUGUAAGGGGAAAUAGACAGAAUAUAAAUCUUGGAGCAGAGCCCUCUAUCUGCAUCGUGACUCUUCCCUGUCUACCCAACGUCUUCUGGUCUACAAGCAAGAGACCGUUGCACUUAAAAAUUCCAUUGAAAGACCGGCCAUGUGGCUGCUAUGGAUCCUCUCCCUGGCUGCUGCCUCUUUUCUCCUGCCUGCAACUGGGGAGGUGGUGGACAAUUUCAAGCCCUGCAACAACUUCUUCUUGGAUGGAACCCCCCCCAAACUGAGGCCAAAGAAUUCAGCCAGAAUCUGCCAAUUGUAUGAGAACCGCUAUCGAUUUGCCACAAUGUACGACGAAGAUCGGCGCAUCCCCACGUUCUCAGCAUAUAUAUAUCAGCCUGGUCAAGGUCAACGAUGGGACGAAUGGAAGAUUGAGCCACAGCUUGCACUGCCUAUAAAUCGUGAGUAUCAUCGUCACAAAAGCAUGGAAUUGGAAGAGACCAGUGGGAUCGACCCCAUUAGCCUUGCAAACAGCCAGGCUGUUGAAGAGGAUUACCGUAAUGCUGAUCGAUACGACAGAGGACACUUGGUGCCAGCCUUACAUCAACCGGAUCAGGACAGCAAAGAUGCAACCUUCACCUUAACCAACAUUGUGCCCCAACUUCACGCACUCAAUAAUGGAGAAUGGAAUGCAUAUGAAGAAAAUAUAAAUGCAGCAGGAUGCCGUGCUUUGUAUAUCCUUGUGGGUGCGGUGCCCGGGAAUACCAACCUCAAGAACAGAGUGAAUAUACCCAGUCAUAUCUGGGCUGCAGGUUGUUGUGUGAUGGAAAAAAACCGCAGAAAGCCCUGGGCAGUCAUUGCUCCAAAUAAUGAGAAUAGGGUGGACCGUCCUACCUUGGAGGAUCUGCAAACACAACUUGCUGGUCUCUACAGGCAGGAAAGAGUUGAUCUUUUCAAUGGUGCUUGUAAUACAGCGCCUGGCCCUCAUAAUGUAGCUUAAAAAGGGCAAAUAAAAGCAAGGUACAAAGCUAUUAGCUUAGUUCUUUAACAUAUGGAGAGAAUUCGGUUAAUUUUAAUCCUGGUUUGAUCUGUAUCGUAUAUUUCAUUUUCAUCAAAUUUUCAUUUCAUGCUAAAUAGUGCUUAUCUUUGAUACAAGUAGUCCUCAGAUUAUGACCAUUCAUUUAUCAACUGUUUGAAUUUAUGACGAUGCUGAAAAAGCGCCUUCCUACCAACCCUCGCGGGUAGGAUUGUUACUAUGUCCCUGCAAUCACAUGAUCAAAACGUGGGCGAUGGGCAACAGGCAUGGAUUCAUGAUGUCUGCAGUGCCCCAAAGGCACCAUGGGCAAUUUCCCCAGGGUUCUCCUUAGAAGCAAAGUCGUGGGAAAGCUGCUUUCACUGUACGACUGUGAAUCAAAAUGGUUGUAUACUUGAGUGGGAGCCUCUUAACGAUUUCAUUGCUUAGUGACGAGGUUCCAGUUUCAAUUGUGGUUGUAUGUUGAGGACUUCCUGUACAGAACUGCUAGACUUCUUUCUCAAUGGCUUUCUUAGUUCUUGCAAUAAACUUGCUUUGCAAAUA